GCAUUCUUGCCAGUGUUUGUGUACCCAUUGAAGAUGUCUCCACUCAUAGAAAAAAUUAGUGACCAUAAGGAUUUCAAAAAGCUUCUCAGGACACGGAAUAACGUGCUAGUGCUCUAUUCCAAAUCUGCUGCUGCUGCGGAAAGCUCACUCAGGUUACUGUCCAGCGUGGCCCAGGAGGUGAAAGGACGAGGUACUAUAAGCUGGAUAAACUGUGGUGAUACUGAAAGCCGAAAAUUAUGCAAGAAGAUGAAAGUAGAUCCUAAUUCAAAGGAGAAAGGAGUGGAAUUACUCCAUUAUAAGGAUGGUGCAUUUCAUACUGAAUAUAACAGAGCGGUCACAUUGAAGUCUAUGGUGGCCUUUCUCAAGGAUCCAGAAGGUGCUCCACUGUGGGAGGAGGAUCCUGAAGCCAAAGAUGUUGUGCAUGUUGAUAGUGAAAAGGAAUUGAGAAGGCUUCUGAAGAAGGAAGACAAACCCCUUCUGAUGAUGUUCUAUGCCCCAUGGUGUGGUGUUUGUAAGAGAAUGAUGCCAUCUUACCAACAGGCAGCCACAGAACUGAAGGGUAAAUAUGUUCUUGCAGGGAUGAAUGUUUACUCUGCUGAAUUUGAAAGGAUAAAGGAAGAAUACAAUGUCCGGGGAUAUCCUACAAUCUGCUAUUUUGAGAAAGGAAAGUUCCUGUUCCACUUUGAGAACUAUGGUGCUACCGCAGCAGAUAUAGCAGAGUGGCUGAGAAACCCACAGGCACCUCAGCCACAGGCUCCAGAGACUCCCUGGGCAGAUGAAGAAAAUGUAGUUUAUCACCUGACUGAUGAGGACUUCGACAAGUUUAUAAAAGAUCAUUCGUCAGUGCUAGUGAUGUUUCAUGCACCAU